UCAUUGUACGACAACUGAAUAUGAUGCUGAAGAAAAUUGUCCGAAUUCUACUCAUCUUUUCAUUGUGUUCUUCCGCAAAAGAGGGUGUUGACCACUGUGCCUCAAACCCGUGCAGGAAACAAUCGACAUGUAUAAAUGAUAGCAAUACUUAUAAAUGUAUAUGCAAUAAUGGUUAUACCGGGAGGACAUGCAAAACAGACCGUGUUGGAUGUGCGUCAGAACCCUGCCUCAACGAUGCAACUUGUGUUGACACUGGCAAUGAAUUGACUUGUGUUUGCGAAGAGGGUUUCACAGGGAUAACGUGCGAAACAGACAUAGACGAGUGUGCUUCGAAUCCAUGUUUUAAACAUUCCUCAUGUGUAGAUGAAAUAAAUGGCUACUCAUGUGAAUGUAAAGACGGGUAUGUCGGCAGAUACUGUCACAUAGAUAUUGAUGAAUGUUUCUCGAAUCCCUGCAUGAACGGUGGAAAAUGUGUUGAUGGUAUCAGUAUUUACUGGUGUGCUUGCAAGGAAGGAUAUACCGGGCAGAGAUGUGAAGUCCAGACUAAAUGCUCUUCAAACCCGUGCCUUAACGGGGGCGCAUGUGAAGUUAUUGCGCAUGGAUACAAGUGUCACUGUAGUAUUGGUUUCACAGGACAAAGCUGUCAAACAAACAUUGACGAAUGCUCUUCAAAUCCCUGCUUCAGAAAAUCUAAAUGUUUAGACGGAAUUAAUGGGUAUACAUGUAAAUGUAACGCUGGGUACAAGGGAGACCGAUGUGAAAUAGAAAUUGACGAGUGUGAAACGAAUCCUUGUUUUUAUGGAAGUGUAUGUGUAGAUGGACUCGACACUUACUGGUGCGCUUGCAAAAUAGGCUAUGAGGGGAAGAGAUGCGAGGAUUGUAAAGUAUGUGGGCCGGAAGACUACCACGAUUUACUUCAUGUGUCUAAAGAUGCCAGCAAAACUGAAAUCACAAAAGCGUUUCGGCGACUGAGCACAGUGAUGCAUCCUGAUAAGAGACCGGUAGUUGAUUCUUCAAAUUUAUAAUUAUUUUUGUCUAGCGCUGAGAAUAAAAU